UUUCCGUUUUUUGUUAACAGUGAUUUGCUCUUCCAAGUUACAGUGUCGACAAUCGAUAGGUUCACUGUUACCGGCAAAUUCACGAAAAAUCGAGAGGUUUUACUAGGGUUUUCCUGAGUUUGGGUCUUCGGUGGGACGAGGUAUGACAGUGCUUGAAUGCUGCAGCGGAAGUUCAAGAGCUUCCGAGGCCCAGCUGAUAUCUUAAAAGCCAUCGUACAGUCACUCCACCGGGUGAAACCAAGCGUUCCCGUUCUUCUUUCAGCGCUGAAAGCCUCGACGAGCUCGAGCGACAUCGAAAACGGAAGGAGAGUUCACGCAGAUGCAGUUAAAUACGGGAAGGACUCCGACAUUUUCGUGGCCAGUAGCCUCGUCAACAUGUACGCAAAGUGUGGGAAUGUGGCGGAGGCUCGAGAGAUCUUCGACGCCAUGGAGUCCCGGAAUGCGGUGUCCUGGACUUCAUUGAUCUUGGGCUAUGCCGACAACGGAGAAUACGAGACCGGGUUGGAGCUGUUUCGACGCAUGCAACACGAGAGCUCUCAGCAAGCGGAUGCUCAGACUUUUGUGGCCGCUCUCAAGGCGUGCACGGGCUCCGCAGCGAAAAAAAAGCCUCUGGAAGUUGGCGGCAGGCGUGUCAAGCUGGGGACUCUCGAGCAAGGCAUGGCGAUUCACUCGCAGGCCUCGAGAAGUGGCUGCGAAGACGUGUUUGUUUCGAGCAUCCUGGUGGACAUGUAUGCGAACUGCGGCAGCAUGCUUGAUGCUCGGCUCAUCUUCGACAGGAUGCCUUCUCACGACGUGGUGGUGUGGAACGCAUUGCUUCUGGGAUACGCAGAGAAUGGAGAGCCACAGGUGACGCUGGAGUUAUUCACUCGGUUGAGAGGAGGAGAUCGAGGCUGCGGUCCAAACGCUCGAACUUUCGUCGCUGCGUUUCAAGCCUGCGGCAGUAUAGCGGAUCAAAGUGGCGACAAGAUGGUGGCGCUGGAGGAGGGGAUGGGUCUUCACUCCCAGGCGGCUCGGUUUCAGCACUGCGUGACGGAUAUAUUCGUGAACAACACUCUCGUCGACCUGUACGCAAGGUGUGGGAGCUUGCUGGACUCCCGCAGAGUUUUCGAUCGCAUGCGCUGCCACAAUGUGGUGUCCUGGAACGCGCUGAUGCUGGGACACGCCGACAAUGGUGAAGAGGAGCUGGCCUUGGAUCUCUUCGAGCGUUUGCGCGAACAAAGCUUAGCACCGGACUCCCGGAGCUUCGUUGCCGCGUUGAGAGCUUGCAGUGGUCUUGCCGAGAAAGAAAGCUCGCGGCAAGUGGACACGAACUCGAUCAUCAAGGCCGAGGCCCUCGAGAGGGGAACGCGGGUGCAUGGAGAAGCCAGAGAUGCCGGGCUUGACACGGACAUCUACGUGACGAACGCUCUCCUGGACGUCUACGCCAAGUGUGGAAGCUUGGGCGACGCUCGCAGAGUCUUCGACGCCAUGCAGCAGCGUGAUGCUGUCUCGUGGACAGUUCUGAUGCUCGCCUACGCGGAGAACGGCGAUGGUCAUCUGGCUCUGGAGCUGCACGAGCAAAUGCAGCGGCAGGGCUGCGUCCGGGACGCCCGGAGCUUCGUCGCUGCGCUGAAGGCCUGCGCCAGCAUCGCAGAGAAGGAACAGGGACAGGGAGUUGGCAACAGGUUGGUGAAAGUGAAGUCCCUGGAGCUGGGAAUGGCGCUCCACUCGCAGGCGGCGGGAGUAAGCAGCUGCAACUCGGACGU